AUGAGGUUCUUCUAUGAUGGUCUGGAACCGAUGUCUCGAGCUAAUUUGGAUGCGGGGGCGGGUGGACAAUUGAUCAAUGUCCCUCAAAAUCAAGUUGAAGCAACAAUUGAAGAGGGGCUCGCAAAGUUGAAUACCAAUGUCAAUAGUGGUGCAAGCUCCUCCCAAGUCAACUCUUUCUCUUGUCAAAUUUGUUGUGGCACAAACCAUGAUACAUCCUAUUGUGGAGGUUUAAGCCCGGAGCAUGUAGCGGAUUACAACGCAAGGCAAGAAGGAUUUAAGGCAAAUGGAGGAGGAGUAGCUUGGAGACAACCACCACCCGGAUUUGGAAACCAACCCCAACAAUGGAAUCAACAAUGGAACCAACAAGCUCAACAACCAUACAAUUCCAACCUUCAAUACCAAAACCCUCCUCCAUACCAAAACCAAUAUCAAAACCAAAACCCAGGAGGAAACUACCCAAAGAACCAUCAACAAAAUAACCAACACCAAUACCAAAAUCAAAACCAAGCAACUCAAAGAAGUCAAGAGCAAGUGUCUCAACCCGAUUCUACUCAAACUCAAAUUCUUCAACAACUUCAAGCCAUGAACCAACAAAUGCAAGAAGUCAAGGCCCAUAACAAGAUGGUCGAUUCACAACUAGCUCAAUUGUCCGAGAGGGUUCCUUUCAACUCAUCUUCUACUUUGCCAAGACAAUCACAAACCAACCCUUCCAACAUUGUAAGACCUGACACAUACAAGGCAAUCACAUUGAGAUCGGGUACAUCUUAUGAGGGUCCCAAAGAAGAGGAUAGCAAGGAAAAGAAGGAAGGAGAAGAAAAGAUAAGUGAAGAUAAAGAAGUUGAAGAAGAGAAGGUUGAUGAGAAAGAGAGAAGUAUGGAGAAAAAGUAUUCAAAGGAUGUGGUGACAUCCUCAACUUCUAGUGAGGCUAGAAAUCUUGAUGGACCGGUUCCUUUUCCCGGUCGGCUUGCGGAGAGAAAAUUGAAUGACAAAUUUGCAAAGUUUCUAAGUGUGAUGAAAAACUUACACAUUAACCUCCCUUUCAUUGAGGUUGUCACACAAAUGCCUUCAUACUCCAAGUUCUUGAAAGACAUUCUCACCAACAAGAGGAAGCUUAAUGAUGAGCUUAUCACUCUUCCACUUCAAGUGAGUGCACUUGUUCAACACAAAAUGCCCAAGAAGCAAAAGGAUCCGGGAAGCUUCACCUUGCCGGUUAAGAUUGGGAACAUGGAAGCUAAGGGUUCCUUAGCUGACCUUGGAGCAAGUGUUAGUUUGAUCCCUAUAUCCAUUGCUCAAAAACUUAACAUUGAGAUGAUCCCCACAAGGAAAACUAUCCAUUGGCCGAUCGUUCGGUGA